CGAAAAGUACUCAGGAAAACUGCAGUUCAACUAUCUCAAUAUAUCGUCUUCUCCAAAUAUGAGUAUAAUGAGGUGUGUCCAGAACGUGAAAUGAAUUCGGUUAUUUGAAUUUGCCACAUGAUCUGCCACAUAUUUGUAUGACACCAUUAAGCAUGGACUGACUGACGGUGAGAAUACGACCCAUGCACAGCGACCCUGUACACGGCCGCAGUGUUUCUUCAUCAUCAUCAGGCUCUCAAGCAUCGUUCCAGCGCCUUAUCUGGAAAUCGGAUCCCACCAUGGCGUCCUCGCGAAAUCUCUUGAAGCAGGUUCAAAGCUCCGACGACUCGGAAGAAUCAUCGGCUCCUGCAGGUGAAAAAGAUGCACACGUUGUGGUAGACCAACGCAAGCCUCCAGAGCCCAGUGGCGGUUUCUCCCAUAGCAAAGCCAAACACGAGACGGAACUGAUGGAAUUCGCCGCCACACAAGCUCACCAGACCAAUAGCGCUCUGGAAAGAGUCAGAAAGUCAGUCGUGAUCGAAAUCAAGGGGAAGGCGCCGCCGGGCAAAGAUGGAGUGUUUGCACUUAAUCGAGACACGAAAUGUGAGGAUUUCAAACACGAGAUGGUUAACAUCAAUGCCAACGCUGGAACUGAUCGUGCCCUCGAUCGUGACGAACUGGAACGCACCAGAGAUAGGGCGUUGAUGUGGGAGACGCAAGGGAGUUUGAUGCAUGAGAGGAAGGACUACGGAUCGUUCUGCCAACCGAACCUGAUGCUUCCGUCGACCUUGAACAAGAUGAGGUUGAUUGAUACCAAAAAUUUCUUGCCCCCAUAUCAAGCGUGGAAUACCUCCCAUCGAGGGAAGAGAGUGCAGGACCGCGGGGUCAUGAUGGGCGUGAAUGAGAGGAUGCAGGAGCGGAGGGAUCGAUGCAAUGCACUUCAGAGCCUGGAUUAUGAUGCGCGGCGGUUUAAACGGGGCGCCACUUUGCCGGCGUCGUUGCACCAAGACAUACUGAGGGAGAACCCUGUCUGGGAGAUGGAUUCGAAACAAGGGGGCGUUCUCAAACUUUGUCACAAGUCGUUCAACGAGGACGGUUGCGAAUCUUUGCUGCGUGUUAUAAAGAAUAACGAAAAACUCGUAGAGCUUGACCUAAGUGGUUGCAACAUAUACAAUGGAGAUCAUCUCGCUGAAAUUGUUCGUAGUUCCACAUCCCUCAACAGAUUGUCGUUGGAGUGGAAUAGCUUGGGAUUGGCCCGAACGGGGAUAGCAGCUUUCACUUCAGCGUUAGCUUCAAAUCGUUCUCUCAAGGAGGUAGACCUUCGAAGCAAUCGAAUAGGUCCUUCAACAGCAGCAGCGUUGGCGCAUGCACUUCAAAGCAACUUAACCCUCACAUGCCUCGAUUUGCGAUGGAACGAGAUUGGACCUAGUGGUGCCGCGGCCAUAAUGGCAAUGCUGCAACGAAAUCAUAGCCUUGUGGAUGUUCGGCUCGUUGGCAACGGCAUUCCUCCUUCCAUACAAGCGCAGAUUGAUGAUCUGCUGGAGAAGAAUCGCACUUGUAAGCUCUUGCAAGGACCCGCACCUGUUGGCCCUGCGUCGGAGAAUCGUAUGUACCCAGAAACUGAGACUGGACUUAACUCCAGAGCCAUUCCAAAGGAGAUGAGUGACAUUAAUUUAGAGCGCAUCGCUUCCCUUCAGAAAGAGCUUGAUGGUCUCCGUCACGAAAUGGAAGCUUGCAGAACAGAAUUAUAUGAGACUCAACUGCAAAAAGUUGCAACGGAUACACAACUUGAGACUGUGCGAGUUGAACUGAAGGAAGAAAACUUGUUGCGGAAAUUCAUUGAGAAAGAGGCUGAGGACUUGAACUCACAAAUUAGCUUGUCCAAACAGCAAGUUCACGACAUUGAGGAGAAGUUGACGCGAAAUGAGCAAAUGGUUGCUAUGAAAUCAUCAGCACUUAAUUCAGAGAUUAUGGAAGCAAGAGAAAAGGGACAUCAAGCUCAAAUUGCUGAAGCAGAGGCUAGAAGAGAAAACAAGCACCUUAAGGAUCAGAUUGCAAGGAUUCAAGCAGAAAGUAAAGCCCGUAUGGAGGCAACACAAGAAAGAGCCAAGACUGACAUAGACUACAAGAUAUCAAUAAUAAAAAGGCUAGAAGCAGAUAUGGCUCAACGGGAGGUGAAGCACAAUGAAGAGAUGGAGUCUGUAAGCGCCAAACUCAGUGCACAGAUUAAAAAACUUGAAAUUGCAAGAGAGAAUGCUAUUCGGGAAAGUGAGAGACUGAAUGCUGCUGUAAUGCAACUUGAGACUCAAUUGGCAGCUAAAGAAAAAUACUUCCAAAAUGAAAAGGAAGCUGCUCAGAAAGUAUUUGAUGGGAAAACAAAUAUAUUAAAAGUGGAAUUGGCCACACUUAAGAAUCAACUUGAGGCCAACAAUCAUACACAACAAAAAGUGAAAAAGAAGCAUGCGUCAUCUGUAGAGGAGUAUGAAAACCAAAUAUCGCACUUGACAUCAUCCAUCACCAAGUUAGAGGCUGCCAAAUCUGGGCUAGAUGAAGAGAUGAUAUCCAUGACCACUGAACAGCGAAAAUUACAAGAGAGGUUAAAAGCAGGGGAUAGCAAACUAAGAGAAAUGGAAUCAAAACUAGAAGCUGAGCGUGUGAAACAUGCCCAAGCCCUAGCACAUGAAGUUGCUAAGCAUUUGGAAGACAGGAAAAGUUUGGAAAAUGAAGUACUAAGUACACGGAGACAGAUUGAAGUUGUCCAUCAACAUAUCAAAGAAAUUCAGAGUGAACAAGAGAGAAGGAAAUUUGACACAGAGAGGCGUGUCACAGGAGCUGAAACAGCUGUUCUUGAAUGGAUUCACCAGCAGUUUUCUUCACUGAAAUCAGCCUUGAUUGUCCAACAUUCUGUUGCAGGUGUAGGUUAAAUUCCUGGAUAUUUCAUGAUUCUAGCAGCUUUCAACUUGAUUGUAGUCCUUUUUCUUUUCCUUUUCAGCAUCAGCACUUACGGUGAAGCACAAGUUGUGCUUAUAUGUGCAUGUAAACCGGAGCACAUAGUGAAAGAAUAGAAUCUAUCGUGGAUGAAGAAAUAUAGAGGUUGAGUUCCAUCACAGCUCAGAAUACUUGUAUAUGGCUGUCAAUUUGACAAACUGAGCAUUGUGACUUAAUAAUCCAUCCUACUAAGGGGUUUCAAACAUGGCCUUUUUGGGUGAUAUUUUGAAAUAUAAGUUGGUACUUCACCAAAUCACCAGGUAAUAAAGCUUGAAUCAGGGGCAA